CACAACCUCUCGACUCCGGAUGUGCCUGGGGGUGGCUCUUCUCGUUGUGCCCCAAACCUGGCACUGCCUGCCGCCCAGCAACUAAGGCGGACCCCGAGUCGUAAUGAUCCUGCAACAGCCCCUGGAGCGAGGGCCCCCAGGACGGGACCCACGGGCCACCACUGGAGUGACUCGUGGCCUGGACGCCAGAGAACCUUUGCACAAGCAGUUCCUGUCUGAGGAGAACAUGACCACCCAUUUCUCCCGACUCAGCCUACAUAAUGACCACCCCUACUGCAGUCCCCCUGUGACUUUUCCCGAAGCCCUGCCACCACUCAGGAGCCCUUGCCCAGAGCUGCUUCUCUGGCGUUAUCCCGGGAGCCUGAUUCCUGAGGCCCUCAGGCUGCUGAGGCUGGGGGAUAACCCCAGUCCCUACUACCCUGCUUCCCCAGCUGGGGAUAUCACGGAACUCUGAGUGUUGAUGGCCUGUUUCCCUUCCCACCUUCUUCCUGACAACAAAGACCAGCAACUCCCAGAAAGGGAUGAAGUCCUUCUCCAAACCAGGUGCCUGGCCACCAGGACCUUCCUUCCCCCUCACAGGAGGACACUGAGCUUGGUGGAACCUCAAUGAGAGGCAGCCUGGAAAAGGGAAGUGUCACCCCAUUAGUGAAUAAAGAUCUGUGAGCAGUUGAA